UGACCGGAAACUGCUGCGGUUUUCGGCCGCGGUUUAAUAGUUGUUGUCAAGAGGAUCUCAGUGCUCUUUGCCGGAGGGAUGUGGAGGUGAUGGGGACGCGGGGAGGGUUUCUUGGAGUCUCUGUGGAACCCCUGGGCCAGACCCCAUAGUGAAGGCUGCAGGAUCUUCCUUCAGGCCCCAGCAGCUCUGGUUGAGUCCACAGGUGCCCACCUGACCUCGGGUUCCUGGGAAGAGUGGAGUUGUCAGCAAGAGAGCCCGGGUGCUUAGGCCCAGGGGGAAGAUGCCAGCCAACCGGUGCGCUCCUGGGCCAUCCCUGGCCCUGACUACAGGGGGGUGUGACAACUCCUGUGAGGUGUCAGUGUCCUUUGAGGACGUGACUGUGGACUUCAGCAGGGAGGAGUGGCAGCAGCUGGAUUCUACUCAAAGGCGCCUGUACCAGGAUGUGAUGCUGGAGAACUAUAGCCACCUUCUCUCACUGGGGUGUGAAAUUCCCAAGCCAGAGGUCAUCUUCAAGUUGGAGCAAGGAGAGGAGCCUUGGACGUUGGAGGAGGAAACCCCACAUCAGAGCUGCUCAGAUGAAAAGUUUGGGAUUAAGACCUCACAAAAAAGAAUUUCUGGAAAAGUUUCAUUUCAUAGUGAAAUGGAGGGUGAAGAUACAAGAGAUGAUUCAUUGUAUUCCAUUUUAGAAGAACUGUGGCACGGUGCUGAACAGAUAAAAAGCUAUCAGGAAAAACAGAACAAACCUCUGAGUCAUGCUGCUUUCAUCAAUAAGAAAAUAUUGAAUACAGAAUGGGAUUAUGGAUAUAAAGACAGUGGAAAAUUUGUUCAUCCAGGCCCAAAUCGUAUUCCUUCACAGAAAAGAUCCCAUAAACGUGACUCAUUUGGAAAGAGUUUAAAGUAUAAUUUAGAUGUACCUAUUCAUAAUAAAAACAAUGCAACAAAGAACUUUGAUAAAAUUAUUGGACACGGUGAAGUUUUCACCCAGAGCUCUUCUUAUACUAACCAUGAAAAUACACAUACAGGAGUGAAAUUCUGUGACAGCAAUCCAUGUGGAAAAGUCUUCAGCUUCAAACAAGCACUCAGUCACAAUCUGAAAUUUCCUGUUGGGGAAAAAGCAAAUAUGUGUACUGAACUUGGGAAGAUCUUCACCCAGAGGUCACACCUCUUUGCACCUCAGAGAAUUCAUACUAUGGAAAAACCUCAUGAACUUAGCAAAUGUGUGAAUGUUUUUACACAGAAGCCACUACUCAGUAUAUAUUUGAGAGUUCAUAGAGAUGAAAAACUAUAUAUAUGUUCUGAGUGUGGGAAGGCGUUCAUCCAAAAUUCAGAAUUAAUUAUGCAUGAGAAAAUUCAUACUAGAGAAAAACCCUAUAAAUGUAGUGGAUGUGGAAAAUCAUUUUUCCAAGUGUCGUCUCUACUUAGGCAUCAGACAACCCAUACUGGAGAAAAACUUUAUGAAUGCAGUGAAUGUGGGAAAGGCUUCUCCCUCAACUCAGCCCUCAAUGUACAUCAGAAAAUUCAUACUGGAGAAAGACACCACAAGUGCAGUGAGUGUGGGAAAGCCUUUACCCAAAAAUCAACGCUCAGAAUGCAUCAGAGAAUUCAUACAGGAGAGAGAUCCUACAUAUGUACUGAAUGUGGGCAGGCCUUCAUCCAAAAGGCACACUUGAUUGCACAUCAAAGAAUUCAUACUGGAGAGAAGCCUUAUGAAUGCAGUGACUGUGGGAAAUCUUUCCCUUCUAAGUCACAACUCCAGAUGCAUAAGCGAAUUCACACAGGAGAGAAACCCUAUAUAUGCACUAACUGUGGGAAGGCCUUUACCAACAGGUCAAAUCUCAAUACUCACCAGAAAUCUCAUACUGGAGAGAAGUCUUAUAUAUGUGCAGAAUGUGGAAAAGCCUUCACAGACAGGUCAAAUUUCAAUAAACACCAGACAAUUCAUACUGGAGAGAAACCCUAUGUCUGUGCUGAUUGUGGGAGGGCCUUCAUCCAGAAGUCAGAGUUAAUUACACAUCAGAGAAUCCAUACUACAGAGAAGCCUUACAAAUGUUCUGACUGUGAGAAAUCCUUCUCCAAGAAACCACAUCUCAAAGUACAUCAGCGAAUUCACACAGGAGAGAAACCAUAUAUAUGUGCAGAAUGUGGGAAAGCCUUCACUGACAGGUCAAAUUUCAAUAAACACCAGACAAUUCAUACUGGAGAGAAACCCUAUAAAUGUAGUGACUGUGGAAAGGGCUUCACUCAGAAAUCAGUUCUGAGUAUGCAUCGCAAUAUUCAUACAUGA